AUGGCCACCGCCGCCGCCGCGAAAUUUCCGAGCGUCAAACACUGCCCGUCGAUCGGGCGGGAGAAGGACACGGUGGUGGCGGACAUGGACGGAACCCUCCUCAUCGGUAGGAGCUCUUUCCCUUACUUCGCUCUCGUGGCUUUCGAAGUCGGGGGCAUUUUGCGCCUCCUCUUCCUCCUCCUCCUCUCGCCGGCGGCCGCCGUGCUAUACUAUUUGGUGUCAGAGUCGGCCGGGAUCCGCGUGCUCGUGUUCGCGGCGUUCGCCGGGAUGAGGGUCUCGGACAUCGAGUCGGUGGCCCGGGCGGUGCUACCAAAGUUCUACGCGGGCGACCUCCACCCGGACACGUGGAGGGUUUUCUCGUCGUGCGGGCGGAGGUGCGUGCUUACGGCGAACCCUAGGGUUUUGGUGGAGCCGUUUUUGAAGGAGUUUUUGGGGGCGGAUUUGGUGCUGGGGACGGAGAUUUUGAGCUACCGCGGCCGGGCAACAGGGUUCGUGGCGGAGCCCGGGGUGUUGGUCGGGAAGAACAAGGCGGACGAGCUCGUGGCGGCGUUUGGUGGGGCGGUGCCGGAGAUUGGGUUGGGGGAUAGGCAUACGGACUUUGCCUUCAUGAGCUUGUGCAAGGAGGGCUACAUCGUCUCACCAAAAUCCCAAGUGAAGGCCGUAGACGCCGAUAAGUUGCCCAAGCCGAUCGUAUUCCACGACGGUCGGCUCGUUCAAAAGCCGAACCCUGUGACCGCGCUGCUCAUCGUCCUCUGGAUCCCCGUUGGCUUCCUCCUCGCCUGCCUCCGCAUCGCCGCCGGCUCACUCCUUCCCAUGCCACUAGUCUACUACGCAUUCUGGGCCCUCGGCGUCCGCGUCACCAUCAAGGGCAACCCCCCGCCCCCGCCCACCAACAACUCCGGCGUCCUCUUCAUCUGCUCCCACCGCACCCUCCUCGACCCCAUCUUCCUCUCCACCGCCCUCGGCCGCCCCAUCCCCGCCGUCACCUACUCCGUCUCCCGCCUCUCCGAGCUCAUCUCCCCCAUCCCCACCGUCCGCCUCACCCGCGACCGCGCCACCGACGCCUCCAUGAUUAAAAAGCUUUUACAGAAGGGAGACCUCGCCAUCUGCCCCGAGGGCACCACGUGCCGCGAGCCCUUCCUCCUCCGGUUCAGCGCGCUCUUCGCGGAGCUGACCGACGAGCUGGUGCCCGUGGCGAUGGUGAACCGGAUGAGCAUGUUCCACGGCACGACGGCGCGGGGGUGGAAGGGGAUGGACCCUUUUUACUUCUUUAUGAACCCGAGCCCCGCCUACGAGGUCACGUUUCUCAACAAGCUGCCGCGCGAGCUGACGUGCGGAGGCGGGAAGACGAGCCAUGACGUGGCGAAUUAUAUACAGAGGGUGAUCGCUGCUACGUUGUCGUACGAGUGCACCACUUUCACGAGGAAAGAUAAGUAUCGUGCCCUCGCUGGAAACGACGGAACGGUGGCGGAGAAGCCUCGAGUGAAGCCGAGUAAAAUUAUGGGAUGUUGA